CCGGCCUGUAAGUGACCGGUUGGUUGGUUCCCUCGCCGCCGGCGCCGGGCACAAUGCCGGGAGCGGUGAUCGUGCACCACCACACGAGGUACAAGACGUACCCCGGCGAGGUCACCGGCAUCGUCGUCUUCUCCUGCCUCAUCGCCUCCGUUGCCGGCUGCAUCUUCGGCUAUGACAUCGGUCUCACCUCCGGGUUGACGUCGACGGAGCCGUUCCUGAUCAAGUUCUUCCCGUCCAUCUACGAGGAGAUGAAGCACCAGGUGACCGUGAACCAGUACUGCAAGUUCGACAGCCAGCUCCUGACGCUCUUCUGCUCGUCCCUCUUCCUCUCCGCGAUGAUCGCCGCCUUCUUCGCCGGGCCCAUGACCCGAUCCUUCGGCCGGAAGUGGACCCUGUUCGCCGCCGCGUCCGCGUACGUCUUCGGCGCGUGCCUCGGCGGCGUGUCCGUCAACUUCCCGAUGCUGCUCACCGGCCGGAUCCUCGUCGGCGCCGGCGUUGGGCUCUCCAUCCACGCGUCCCCGCUCUACAUCUCGGAGAUGGCCCCCGCGCAGCAACGCGGGAUGCUCAACAUCCUCUUCCAGUUCAUGAUCACGGUGGGGAUCCUGUUGGCGAACAUGACCAACUACUUCACGUCCAAGAUCCCCGGCGGGUGGGGGUGGCGCAUCGCCGUGGCGUUCGGCUCCGUCCCGGCCGGCGUCAUCGCGCUGGGCGCGCUGGCCAUCCCGGACACGCCGACCUCGCUGAUCCAGCGCGGCGACACGGCGACGGCGCGCAAGACGCUGCUCCAGAUCAGGGGCGUCGGCGACGUCCGCGAGGAGUUCGACGACCUGUCGGCGGCGAGCGAGGACGCCAAGGCCGUGGAGAACCCGUGGCGGGAGCUCCUGUUCGGCGGCAAGUACAAGCCCCAGCUGACGUUCUCGCUGCUCGUCCCCUUCUUCCAGCAGCUCACCGGCAUCAACGUGAUCAUGUUCUACGCGCCCGUGCUGUUCAAGACGGUGGGGUUCAAGCAGAACGCCUCCCUCGUAUCCUCCGUCAUCACUGGCCUCGUCAACGUCUUCUCCACCUUCGUCGCCAUCAUGACCGCCGACAAGGUCGGCCGCCGCGCCCUCUUCCUCCAGGGCGGCACGCAGAUGAUCAUCUCCCAGAUCCUGGUGGGGACGUUCAUCGGGCUGCAGUUCGGGAUGAGCGGGACGGGGGCCAUCUCGGAGCAGUACGCGAUGUGCAUCGUGCUGUUCGUGUGCGUGUACGUGGCGGGGUUCGCGUGGUCCUGGGGGCCGAUGGGGUGGCUGAUCCCGAGCGAGAUCUACCCGCUGGCGGUGCGGUCGCCGGCGAUGAGCGUGACGGUGGCCGUCAACAUGUUCUUCACGGCCUUCAUCGGGCAGAUCUUCCUGACGCUGCUCUGCCACCUCCGGUUCGGGCUCUUCUACUUCUUCGGCGCGUGGGUGCUGCUCAUGACGCUCUUCAUCGCCAUGCUGCUCCCGGAGACCAAGAACGUGCCCGUCGAGGAGAUGGCGCACGUCUGGAAGAAGCACUGGUUCUGGAGGAAGUUCGUCAUCGACACCACCGACGCGCGGAGCGCCGAGAUGAGGAAGAGGAUAGCGCUAGAGAUGAGCUAGCUGAAGACGAUGGAGCGCCAAGUAAGCCUCUUCAGUUAAGUGCUUGGCUCAAUAGCUAGAGUGCAGAACACACAUGAAUGUUGUUUGUAGAUUUGAUUUGUUCAUACUCCUAGCAUAUCUCGUAAUUGUUUUUUCCUUCUCUCUGUUUUUUUUUUGGUUUCAUGCCAAGUUGUCAGCAUUCUUCUUUUUAACUGAAGAAUACUACAUUUUAUCCUCAGAUGAUCUCCCUUAUGGUGUACUCAUAAUGUGAUCACUACACAGUUCUCUUUUAAGCAUCACCUUUAGUUUCCAUGUACAAGGAAAUUUAAAAAUUUACCAGCAAACUCAGCCGCAAGAAAUGCAAAGUUC